UAUGUCCCCGCCCCCAGCAUUGAGGAAAUGCCCAGAAAGUUUCAUUUUCAAGUCUGUGGUUCACUUUACAGGCGCAAGAAGGAACUGAGGCUUUGCCCCUUAUGGCUGAAGGUGAACGCGACAAAAACCCACUUAAGGCUUUGGAAUCUAUUGGUAAAGAAGUCUUAGGUGGACUUUUGGAUAAUUUGGUGAAAAGAGAUGUUCUGAAGUUGGAGGAAAGUGAAAAAAAAAAAUUUAAUGACGCCAAACCUGGAGACAAAGCCUGGGUGCUGGUGGAUGCUGUCCGGCAGAAACGCCACAUAGCCGGUCAAGUCCUGGUCCAAACCUUCCUUAACACGGACAAGAACUCCACCCCCACAGAAGAAGUGGCUGAACCUGCUGAAUCAGCACAAACUACAGAUACCCUCAAGCUUUGUCCUCAUGAAGAAUUUCUGAAACUACAGAAAGAAAUGGCUGGAGAGAUCUAUCCAAUAAAGGACAGAAUGGGCCGCACUCGCCUGGCUCUCAUCAUUUGCAAUAGAGAGUUUGAUCACCUUCCGGCCAGGGAGGGAGCUGAGCUUGACAUCACAAGGAUGACGGAGCUGCUUGUGGGCCUGGACUACAAUGUGACUGUGGAAGAGAAGCUCACAGCCAAGGACAUGGAGUCAGUGCUGGAGGCAUUUGCUGCCCGCCCAGAGCACAGGUCCUCAGACAGCACAUUCCUAGUGUUUAUGUCUCAUGGCAUCUUGGAUGGAAUCUGUGGGACUCAGCAUAGUGAUGAGAAGCCAGAUGUGCUACCUUAUGACACCAUCUUCCGGAUAUUCAACAACCGAAAUUGCCUCAGUCUCAAGGACAAGCCUAAGGUCAUCAUUGUCCAGGCCUGCCGAGGUGCAAAUCGCGGGGAACUGUGGGUCAGUGACUCUCCAGCACCCGUGGCAGACAACUCUUCACAGUCACCUGAGAUCCUGGAGGACGAUGCUGUUUACAAAGCUCACGUGGAGAAGGACUUCAUUGCUUUCUGCUCCUCAACCCCGCAUAAUGUAUCCUGGAGAGACAGAACUAAGGGUUCUCUCUUCAUUACACAACUAAUCACAUGCUUCCAAAAAUACUCUUGGCAUUGUCACCUAGAGGAAGUAUUUCGAAAGGUACAACUAUCAUUUGAAACACCACAUGUUAGAGCCCAGAUGCCCACCACUGAACGAGUAUCCCUGUCAAGAUAUUUCUACCUAUUUCCUGGCAACUGAAAAGAAAAUGACCGGCAGUCCUGCCUCCUCUAUCAACUUUGAGAAGCAACUUUACCAGUUUGGCACACAUAUUUAACCUUUUGUAUUUAAAUAAAAAUAAAAACAAAUAAACUGC